AUGCCUUCUCAGAAAAUUGAAACUGGUCAUGAGGACACUGUCCAUGAUGUGGCAAUGGAUUACUAUGGCAAGCGGAUUGCAACUGCCUCAUCCGAUCAUUCAAUCAAGAUAGUUGGGAUUAACAACAAUACUUCUCAGCAUCUUGCAAAUCUGAUUGGGCACCAAGGCCCAGUUUGGCAAGUAGCUUGGGCUCACCCGAAAUUCGGCUCGUUGCUUGCUUCUUGUUCUUAUGAUGGGCGAGUCAUAAUAUGGAAGGAGGGUAACCAGAAUGAUUGGACCCAAGCUCAUGUUUUUGAUGAUCACAAAUCAUCUGUCAAUUCCAUUGCUUGGGCACCUCAUGAACUGGGGCUCUCUUUGGCAUGUGGUUCAUCUGAUGGGAAUAUAUCUGUUUUUACUGCACGAGCUGAUGGCAAUUGGGAUACAUCGAGGAUUGAUCAAGCUCACCCAGUUGGUGUAACUUCUGUUUCGUGGGCCCCAUCCACUGCACCUGGUGCCCUUGUUGGUUCUGGUUUGCUUGACCCUGUUCAGAAGCUUUGCUCAGGUGGCUGUGAUAAUACCGUCAAAGUGUGGAAACUUUAUAAUGGGAAUUGGAAGCUGGAUUGCUUUCCAGCUCUUAAUAUGCAUGCUGAUUGGGUGAGGGAUGUUGCUUGGGCACCCAACUUGGGCCUUCCGAAAUCUACCAUUGCUAGUGCCUCACAGGAUGGGAAGGUUAUUAUAUGGACUGUGGCAAAGGAAGGUGAUCAAUGGGAAGGGAAGGUCUUGCAUGAUUUCAAGGCUCCUGUUUGGAGGGUCUCGUGGUCUCUAACUGGAAACAUACUGGCUGUUGCUGAUGGGAACAACAAUGUAACAUUGUGGAAAGAAGCUGUAGAUGGGGAGUGGCAACAG